AUGACAGACAAUUGGGACGACAGCGACGACGAGUGGGACGUGGACGAUGACGCACUGGACCAAAAGUUGGGUAUGAAGAAAGUCGCUCAGAAUUUGCCCACGUUUGACGACGAGGAAGAUUUGGCCCUUAAGGAAAAGGCUGCUCGUGAGCAAGCAGAAAAUGCGGAGCUUAAAAAAAAGGGACGGGCCUUAGCGAGUAAGAAACAAGCAGAACAAGAGCGGCUGGAAGAAUUGGAAAUCGCUCGCAAAGCAAUGGAGCUGGAGGCGGAAGCCAUGGCCAAUCUGUCACCAGAUGAAUUGCGUCGAAUGAAACAACGUCAAGUAGAAGAGGCUGAUAAUGCUUUGACGGAUGAUCUUUUCGGAGGAGUCGAUGCAAAGGCGGGAAAAGGCGCCACGGGCGGAGCCGCAGCGGCAGCAGGUGACAAGGUUAUCAUGAAAGACGUCAAGGAUCACUUGAAACACGCCCGAAAGGUGGCGGAAUGCAUGCAAGGGCACGGAAAAAUACAUCUGGCGGCAGCGUUCUUCAAAGAAUUGCUGCAGCAGUCAAAAGAUGUACUAGACGACGACGCAAUCACCGAAAUCAUCAAGACUUGCAACGUCAUCAAGAACGAAAAAGUUCAAGCUGCCAAACGUGUGACGAAGGUCAAGGGCCAAGCACAGAAGUCCAAAAAAGCCGACAAGGCCGCCGAAGCAAAAGCCCUGCAAAAACAGGUGGAGACGUUUGGCGCAAAUGAUGAAUACGAUGAGUACGAUCAUAUAGGUGCCGACUACGAAGACGCUUUUUUCUAAGCUAAAUGUGAAUUUGAACGGU